CAAUUCUUCACCUGGACGGAUCAGCCGGAUCAUGAUAGAGCCUCAGGCACUCAUCUCAGGGCUCCACCAUGUUGAUGACUUGGAGUUGCCCAUUGACAUCAUCAGCAAUGUUUUCCCAUGGCCACAUGUAAGUACGGUGGGAUGUCUACCUCAGUGCUUCCAAGGUGAAGUAUUCAUCAGUCUCCCACGAUCAGACUACAUUUUUACAUCAGAUGCAUUUUUUCUUUCCAUAUUAACGCCCUUUCUUCUGGGUUCUCGCCGACAACUCGAUAUCGAAGCCUCAAAUCUCUAUCCGUGAUAUAUUCCACCUUCUUUUCCCCUCCAUUAUCUGCUCGCGUGACACACCUGUGGUCAGCCGCCACUCGACGAGGGCAGAGGAACUCUAGCCAUGAAGUUCGCCCUGCUGGCCGCGGUCGCCAGCACUAUUGCUGCAAACGCAAAAGCAUAUGCUAUCUCAGCAGAUGAUGCUCGUCUCGAUGUGCUGAGGGCCGUGAGCAUUUCACCUCGAGCCCUUCCCAACUCUCCGGAUGGAUAUACUCCCUCCAAAGUCACCUGUCCAAAGAGCGCCCCAUCAGUACGAAAUGCUGGCUCUCUCUCAGCGAAUGAAACUGCAUGGUUGGAGAAGAGAAGGAACAACACCAUUGCACCUAUGCAGACACUGUUGGCCCGACUCAAUAUAACUGGUUUCAAUGCCACUCAGUAUAUCGAGAAACACUCGAGCAAUGCGUCUGCUUUGCCGAACAUUGGCAUUGCUGUGUCUGGUGGGGGCUGGCGAGCCUUGACAAACGGCGCUGGCGCCAUCAAGGCAUUCGACUCUCGAACGCAGAACAACACAGGCUCGGGCAAACUUGGGGGCCUCCUGCAGUCAGCAACCUACCUCGCUGGACUCAGCGGAGGCGGUUGGCUUGUAGGCUCUCUUUUCAUGAACAAUUUUACUACCGUGGGAGCCUUACAGGCAGACACGAGCGGCUCCGUCUGGGAGUUUGGCAAUUCGGUGCUGGAAGGGCCAGAUACCGGCGGUGUUCAAAUCUUCGACACAGCAGAAUACUACACUCAUCUCGUGGAAGACAUUGAUGGAAAGUCCGAUGCGGGAUUCGAUCUGUCUAUCACUGACUUGUGGGGUCGUGCUCUGUCGUACCAGCUCAUUAAUGCGACGGACGGCGGCGCUUCAUACACUUUUUCUUCGAUCGCUUUGACCGACCCGUUCCUUGAUGCGACCUCGCCAUUCCCGAUCCUCGUGGCUGACGGUCGAUCUCCUGGUGAGACUUUGAUUCCGGGAAACACCACGGUCUUCGAGUUCAAUGCCUUCGAGAUGGGCUCAUGGGAUCCUACCACUUACGGCUUUGUACCAACCCAGUACCUGGGAACCAACUUCACAGCUGGAGAAGUUCCAACCGGCGACAAGUGUGUGGUAGGUUUCGACAACGCAGGCUACGUGAUGGGAACAUCUUCUUCUCUCUUCAAUGAAUUCCUGCUCGAGCUCAACGAAACCGAUCUUUCAGAUACAUUGCAAGGAUUGAUCGGAGACCUCCUGUCAGACAUUGGUGAGGAUAACAACGAUAUCGCUGAUUAUACUCCAAACCCAUUCUAUCAUUACAAUCUCGAGGAAAACCUUUCGGCAAACUCGACCCGGCUUACGCUUGUUGAUGGCGGAGAAGACUUGCAGAAUAUUCCCCUUCACCCACUGAUCCAGCCAAACCGGAAUGUCGAUGUCAUCUUUGCGGUCGAUUCUUCUGCAGAUACGACGUACAACUGGCCGAAUGCCACGGCUUUGGUCGCAAGUUAUGAACGAGCUCAGACCACCAUAUCGAACAACACCCUCUUUCCCAGUAUUCCGGACCAGAACACGAUCGUGAACUUAGGACUCAACACACAUCCGACAUUUUUUGGUUGCAAUGCCUCCAACUUUACUGAAGGGUCUCAUAUUCCACCAUUAAUCGUUUACAUUCCCAAUUCGCCUUAUGUGACCUACAGCAACGAGUCAACUUUUACCAUCUCCACGAACGAUUCGUAUCGAGAUGCCAUCAUUCUCAAUGCCAUGGACGUAGCCACCAUGGGCAAUGGCACUGUUGACAGUACUUGGCCAACAUGCGUGGGUUGUGCUAUUCUCAGCCGCAGUCUUCACCGCACAGGCACGGACGUACCUGAAGUCUGCACAAAGUGCUUCGACAACUUCUGCUGGAACGGCACCGUCGAUUCGUCCACGCCAAAAGCUUAUGAGCCCAAGCCCGUUCUUGGGGAAGUCAGCAUUUCGAGUAAAGGUUCCACCAAAUUGCUCAACCGUUGGGCCGCAGCAGCGGCAGCUGCAAUGGCAGUCGUAACAGCUAUAUAACUCGACAUGCAUCUUUUUG